UGCACGUUUCCUGAAUUUGGAAACAGUUUCGAGCGGUCGAUAAAACUUUCAAAUAUUAAAUGUAGUUCGGCACAGCUUGUCGGAUUCAUGGAACUGAUCUUCUGAGACAGGACACGAUGAUCAUCUUCGCUGUUUCCAUCACCAUUCUCAUAAAGGUCACGCAGACAAGUGGCAAAAAAAUCUCUGUGCCCAAUGGGGGUCGGCAGGGUGAAUGGGGCAAAAUGGAGAGGUGUCCUGCAGGCACUAUGGCCAAAGGUCUCAGCCUUAAGGUGGAAGAGCCACAAGGAUUUGGUGACGACACGUCUCUGAACGGGAUUAGGCUCCACUGUGUACGAUGCCGUUUUCCACAUGACGAGAAGUCGAUCACCUCUGAUUUUGGCCCAUGGGGGACUUGGGGGCCCACAAAGUGGUGCCCAUACGGAUUCCUCAGCACGUUCUCCUUGAGAGUAGAAGAGUUUCAAGGACAAUCAGAUGCAACCGCUGCCAACAACAUCAAGUUUAAAUGCUCGGACAACAGCACGCUGGAAGGAGAUGGCCUCCCUUGGGGAAGGUACGGAGCCUUGAGCGAGUCCUGUUUAUACGGGAUCUGUGGUAUUGGGACCAAGGUAGCAAAGCCACAGGGGUUUGGAGAUGACACUGGCCUCAAUGAUGUCUACUUUUCCUGUUGUGCUGAUGGAGACUUACAUAAGUAACAUUUGUUUGGAAUGUUCUGCUGAACAUGUUCUGCUGUCACGGCUGGUCAAUAAAGGGGAUUCUGAAAGGUA